UAUUAAUACAACACAAGACCAUGUCAAAUUAGACCUCCACAACAAUAAUGUAAACUAAUCAAACUUCAUCAUCUGAAAUGUACAUCCAACUAAAAUAAUCUCCACUUUCCCCUUAAACACAAUACACAAAUCUUCAACUUCCCAUCUUUGGAAAAACAACAACAAAAAAAAUCACACCAUGACAUCUUCUCCAAUUCCUUCUUCAUCUCAACCAUUUCUUGAAAAUGAACAACAACCCACCAUCCCCACAAAAAACUCAAAGAAAUUAGCACUUAUACCACUUAUAUUCAUAAUCUUUUUUGAGGUAUCUGGUGGUCCAUAUGGUGCUGAAGCAGCAAUAGGUGCAGCUGGUCCUUUUCUUGCAAUUCUUGGAUUCUUGAUUUUCCCAUUUAUUUGGAGUGUACCUGAAGCACUUGUAACUGCUGAACUUGCUACUACUUUUCCUGGUAAUGGUGGCUUUGUUAUAUGGGCUGAUAAAGCUUUUGGACCCUUUUGGGGUUCUUUAAUGGGUUCUUGGAAGUUACUUAGUGCUAUUUGUAACUUAGCUUCUUAUCCUGUACUUUGUUUAGAUUAUGUUAAGUUGGUUUUCCCAGUUCUUGGUUCUGGUUUUCCUAGGUAUAUUGCUAUUUUCUUGAUUACUAUGUUGUUGUCUUUUCUGAAUUAUUUAGGUUUGUCUAUUGUUGGUUACACAGCUGUUGUUCUUGGGGUUCUUUCCCUUUGUCCCUUUUGGUUAAUUACACUGUUUUCAGUUCCAAGGAUUGAUGUUAGUAGGUGGUUGAGUUUAGGACAAAUGGGUGUGGAAAAAGAUUGGAACUUGUUCUUUAAUACCCUUUUUUGGAACUUGAAUUUUUGGGAUAAUGCUAGUACUUUAGCUGGUGAAGUUGAACAACCUCAAAAGACAUUUCCUAAAGCACUUUUUUCAGCUGGGAUUGUUACAUGUUUGAGUUAUGUUUUGCCAAUUUUGGGCACUACUGGAGCUGUCCCAUUGGUGCAAAGUGAAUGGACUAGUGGAUAUUUUGCUAAUUUGGCUGCUAUGAUUGCUGGAAAUUGGUUGAAAUAUUGGAUGGAAGUUGGGAUUGUUUUGUCUGUGAUUGGUUUGUAUGAGGCUCAGUUGAGUAGUUGUGCUUACCAAGUUCUUGGAAUGGCUGAGAUGGGGUUGUUGCCUGGACUUUUCGGUGUAAGAUCAGAAUGGUUUAAUACACCUUGGGUUGGGAUUCUUGUACCAACAUUAGUAGCAUUGGUUGUGUCCUACAUGACAUUUACAGACAUCGUUUCAUCUGUGAAUUUCUUGUAUAGUCUCGGUAUGUUGCUAGAAUUUGCGUCGUUCUUGUGGUUGAGGAGGACAAUGCCUGAUGCUAAGAGGCCAUACCAAGUGCCAUUGUCAAUGCCAGGGCUGGUGGUGAUGUGCUUUAUUCCAUCUUGUUUUCUGGUUUAUAUUAUGGUUGUUGCUCAUAGGACCGUGUAUAUAGUCAGCGCCUUGCUCACUGUUUUCGCCAUUGCUUGGUACUUCUUCAUGGAGUUUUGUAAAACCAAGAUGUGGUUUGGUUUUGAAAGUGUUGAUCAAGACAAAGUUGAUGAUGAGAUUUUUUGAUCCAUCGAGUCUCAAACCGUGUACAGUCAGCUGGCCUUGAAGAUUUCUUGGUAUAAAAUAAAGAAUUGAUAGUUUGAUUUAUUAGUCAUUUGUGAUAUGUUUGCUUAUUUUAAAGCAUUGUGAACAUGAAUAAUGUGAUUCUUUGAACGCAUCUUGGACUGGAAUUGUUGUACCAACACUAGUAGCAUCGGUUUUGUCCUUCUCGACACUCACAAGCACCCCUGUUGUCUGUGAUUUCUUGUAUACUCUCGGGAUGCUGCUCGAGUUCACUUUGAUUUUGUGGUUGAGGAGGAAAAUGCAUAACACUACGAGGCCGUACCAAGUGCCAUUGUCAAUGGCCGGACUGGUGGUAAUGUGCUUCGCGGUUUAUGUUAUGGUUGGUACUUCUUCAUGGAGUUCUGUAUAUUCCAGAUGUGAUUUGGUUUUCAAAGUGCUAAAGAUAAGGUUGACGAUGAGAUUUUUAAUCCACCAAGUUUCGAACUGUGCACUAGCUGGCCCUAGAGGAUUUCUUGAUAUAAAAAGAAUAAUUGUUAGUUUGAUUUAUGUAUUAUUUAUGAUGUCUUGCUUAGUGUAAAGUAGUGGGAACAUGUAAAAUGUGAUUCUUUCUUAAUUUUUGAGUUGAAGAUUUGCUUGUUGA